CGUACGUUGUUGUUUGUUUGCGCUCCUAUAAGAUGCAUGUCAGCUAGUAGGACGGGCUUCGGGGGAGGAGGCAUGAUGCUAUAGGGUAGGCACGAGAACGCUGCAGUGCGGGGCCGGCGGUUGGCUGCUGGUUUUUAGUUGGACAGCCAGGUGGUUAUCUUGCAGGCCGGCGGUAUCGAUGCCUGUGGUUUUGGUAGACCUUGCAGGAGAUUCCGAAGGGACAAGAGCCAACGUAGGUAGGGAGCGUGGGCAAACGCCGCCCACUCGGACAUUGGCGCGUGUCGUUCCUGAAACACCAGGAAACAUCGGGAGCGCACACCAGCGCAUAUGAGUACUUUAGUCUACAUGAUAGGAGUAAGGAAAGGGGGCCUGGCCUCUGCGUAGAUCGUCGUCGGCACGAGCAGGAUGUGAACCGUGGGAAGCGGGCGUCAACCAAUCACGUUUUGCUUGCCUUUGAGCGUUCAGUCGCAGGUCAUGUGUCGCCUCCCCAGUAGUCAAUCAAUCGUUGUCUCUUUCUCGCUGGUACUACAGCCGAUAUGUGCGUGUGUUGAACCUAUCCAUCCCACCCACCCUACCCGUACGGGGAGCGGUCGUGAUGGGCGUACGCCAAUCAAUGCCUUUCUUGUGACUGUCCUUUUCCAGUUUUUUUUUGCCAUACAAACCGCUAUUGAGACAGCAGCGUUGUCGCAUGUAGAAGAAGCAGGGUGUAGGCUCCACGACUUCCAAGUGGUACAUACGCCAUCGCCGUAUUGAUACUUUUCCUCAUUUUUUGGUAUGUACCUACAUGCGGCGGAGACAGACAUGGGCCAUGUGAACAUAAUGACUUGAACUUGUUCGUUUGCUGAUGUACAGUACACGGAAACCGUUUUAUCCAUUGAUGGCGCUGUGUCUAGCGCCUCGUCUUGUCUUGUGUCUUUUUGUUCGUACUUGAAACUCGCACACAACAAACGUAAUAAAUUAGAUGCAUAGGUAGAGGGAUCAGAGUGCUGCACUCUUCUCGCAUUCAUUGAAAAUCGAAGGCAAAGGACCGCAGGACGGGUGGAUAGGGGGGAGCCCUCCUGUGUGACGACCACGGGUUGGAGGAAACGGCACAAGUAGUGCUGUCAGCGCUGAUUUCAAGUGAAGGCAAACAACAAUUCCCUGCUGUAACUGUACAUGCACAAGUGUUCGUUCGUCUGUGCACUGAAGACAUGGGGGAGGUCAAAAUGUUCUUCUCUCUGUUGCAU